GCUUUCCCUUCUUCUUCUUCUCCUCCUCCUUCUCCUCCUCUGGGGCUGGCUCGGCCUUGGCCCCUCGGAUGGCUGGCGGCGGCGGGGGCUGAGGGGCGUCGGGGAAGUCCUCCUCCUCCUCCUGCUCGCCUCCCGGGAUGUGGAGACGGAGCCUCUGGUGGGUGCUGAGCCGGCUCGCCCUGCUGCUCCUGCCGCCCUGCGCCCUGGUCCUGGCCCGGGCGCCCCUCUCCGCCUGCCACCCGCAGCCCUGCCAGAUCCUCCGGCGCAUCGGGCACACCGUCCGCAUCGGGGCCGCCCAGCUCCAGCCCUGGACCCCUGCCUCCGCCACCAUUGCCCUCCGGGGAUCCCCACGGGAGAAUGAGGGAGCCCAGGGCCCCAGGGACUGGCAAGGGGGAAGGACGAUGGGCCUCGGGAAGCUGAGGAGCCGCUUUGAAGGCAAAGGGGACCGGGAGCCGGCGCUGCUCCUGCCCCGGGAGGCUCUGCUGCAAGCGGUGGAGCGCCUGAACGGCCUCGAGGGCCUCCUGCCCUACAACCUCUCCCUGGAGGUGGUGAUGGCCAUCGAGGCCGGGUUGGGAGACCUGCCUCUCUUGCCCUUCUCCUCCUCCUCGGCCGGGGUUGCCGCUGCUUCUUCUUCUUCUUCCCCCGGGAGCAAGGACCCGGCCUCCUUCUUGCAAAGCGUCUGCCACACGGUGGUGGUCCAGGGGGUCUCUGCCCUCCUCGCCUUCCCCCAGAGCCGGAGCGAGAUGCUGGAGGUGGACCUGGUGGCCGGCGCCCUCCACAUCCCGGCCAUCAGCAUCGUCCUCCAGGAGUUCCCUCGGAAGAGCCAGAACCCCCUUCACCUACAAUUGAGUUUAGAACGCUCAUUGAGCUUUGAUGCUGAUGUCACUUUCUCAAUCUUGGCCUUGAACAACUGGUAUAAUUUUAGUUUGAUGGUAUGCCAGGAAGAAUGGAACAUCACUGAUUUUCUCUUCCUCACACAGCAAAGCUCCAAAUUUCAUUUGGGAUCCAUUAUAAAUAUCACAGGAAACCUCACAUCAACCAGUGACCUCUUGACCUACUUGCAAGUUCAUCUGGAGAACAUUAAGGAUACAACAUCAACUGUGGUGAUGUUUGGGUGUGACAUGGAAAGCACAAGGAGGAUUUUUGAGAUAACCACCCAGUUUGGGGUGAUGCCUCCUGAACUUCAUUGGAUUCUUGGGGAUUCACACAAUGUGGAAGAGCUGAGGACAGAAGGCUUGCCAUUGGGUCUCAUAGCUCAUGGGAAAACAACACAGUCUUUUUUUGAAGACUACGUCCAGGAUGCAAUGGAGUUGGUAGCUAGAGCUGUGGCUUCAGCUACAAUGAUCCAGCCAGAAUUGGCACUUAUUCCGAGUACAACAAAUUGUUUGAACACAGAGGGAAAAAAUCUCACUUCAGGACAGUAUUUAUCAAAAUUUUUAGCCAACACCACUUUUCAUGGGCUUAGCGGCCACAUUAAAGUAAAAGGAUCUUCCAUCAUCAGCUCUGAAAACAACUUCUUCAUUUGGAAUCUGCAGCAUGAUCCUGUGGGCAACCCAAUGUGGACCCGCUUGGGGAGCUGGCAAGAAGGCAAGAUCAUCAUGGAUUAUGGGAUCUGGCCAGAGCAGGCUCAGAGGCACAAGAAUCACAACCAGCAUCCUACCCGGCUACAUCUGAGGGUGGUGACCCUCAUUGAACAUCCGUUUGUGUUUACAAGGGCUGUGGAUGAUGAAGGCUUGUGCCCAGCAGGUCAGCUGUGUCUGGACCCCUUGACCAAUGAUUCUGCUGUGCUGGAUACUCUCUUUGAAAACCUGCAAGGGGGCAAUGACACAGUGCCCACCAAGUUCAAGCAGUGCUGCUAUGGCUACUGCAUAGAUCUGUUGGAAAAACUGGCUGAAGAUAUGAACUUUGAUUUUGACUUGUAUAUUGUUGGUGAUGGGAAAUACGGGGCAUGGAAAAAUGGCCAGUGGACGGGCCUUGUGGGUGACCUCCUGGCUGGCACUGCCCACAUGGCCGUGACAUCAUUCAGCAUCAACACAGCCCGUAGCCAGGUGAUUGAUUUCACCAGCCCCUUCUUUUCUACCAGCUUGGGCAUCCUGGUGAGAACCAAAGACACAGCGGCUCCUAUUGGAGCCUUUAUGUGGCCACUCCACUGGACCAUGUGGCUGGGAAUCUUUGUGGCCCUGCACAUCACUGCAAUCUUUCUCACCCUGUAUGAAUGGACAAGCCCCUUUGGCAUGACCCCAAAGGGAAGAAACAGGGAUAAAGUUUUCUCUUUCUCCUCUGCCUUGAACGUCUGUUAUGCCAUCUUGUUUGGUAGAACAGCCGCCAUAAAACCCCCCAAGUGCUGGACUGGAAGGUUUCUCAUGAACCUCUGGGCCAUUUUUUGUUUAUUUUGCCUGUCAACAUACACAGCUAAUCUGGCUGCCGUCAUGGUGGGAGAGAAAAUCUAUGAAGAGCUGUCUGGAAUACAUGACCCCAAGCUACACCACCCUUCACAGGGGUUUCGCUUUGGAACUGUGCGAGAAAGCAGUGCUGAGGAUUAUUUCAAGCAAAGCUUCCCUGAUAUGCAUGAAUACAUGAAAAGGUUCAAUGUGCCUGCAACUCCAGAUGGAGUGGAUUACCUGAAGCAAGAUCCAGAGAAAUUAGAUGCCUUCAUCAUGGACAAAGCACUCCUGGAUUAUGAAGUAUCAAUAGAUGCUGACUGCAAACUUUUGACCGUGGGGAAACCAUUUGCUAUUGAAGGGUAUGGUAUUGGCCUUCCUCCAAACUCUCCACUAACCUCAAAUAUCUCAGAACUGAUCAGCCAGUAUAAAUCUCAUGGCUUCAUGGAUGUCUUACAUGACAAGUGGUACAAAGUAGUGCCCUGUGGGAAAAGAAGCUUUGCUGUGACAGAGACGCUGCAGAUGGGCAUCAAGCACUUUUCUGGACUCUUUGUGAUGUUGUGCAUUGGAUUUGGCUUGUCUAUUCUAACUACAAUUGGAGAACAUAUUGUAUACAGGCUGGUAAUCCCACGGAUAAAAAAGAAAUCCAAGAUGAAAUAUUGGCUCCAUACAAGUCAGAGAUUGCACCGUGCCCUAAAUAGUUCGUUUAUUGAAGACAAACACCAGCCUACAGCAAAGCGAGUAGAAAAGAGGUCCAAUGCAGAAAACAGUGAGCAUUCUGUAUGGAAUACAGCCAGCCCAGGCAACUGCCAUCAGAGGAAAUAUAUCUGCAGUGAGGAAAGGCAGAAUGAAGUAGUCCUCAAGCAACAGCAGCAACAGGAGCAAGAGAUCCCUCUUCCCCCACUGAAGAGAGACUCUCCAGAAUCGCUGACCACAAAUGGGAAAGCAAACACUGUUAACGUUGCUAGGAACUCAGUGAUCCAAGAACUCUCAGAAUUGGAGAAGCAGAUUCAAGUGAUCAAGCAGGAACUACAGCUGGCCAUGAACAGGAAACUGGAGCUGGAAGAGUUUCAGAGGACAAACAGGACUGCGGAGUCUUAAGUGGCCACUUUCCAGUCUCUCCCACUUACCCCUACCGUGUAACAAUUCCAAAUGCACUUCUUGGGGUAAUGCCAGUAAAAGGCACUGCAAUCAGCAAGCAAUACUUCCUUCAGUUGACAGCAGCUUCCUUCCAACAACAAAAUGGUGGAAGGUAGCAGUGUUCCUGGUUUCUGGUUGUGAGACCAUUUCAAAGGAGAAACAGACUUCUCAUAAGAAGUUUUAGUUUACUAGAAGGACUGACCUCAGGCUGCAGCAAACUCUGAACCACCAGGCCAUGUGGUUCCUGUUUUUCUUCUCACCACACACUCAAAAUGGAAACUCUACUUUUUAGCCCUUCUCUGUGCAUUAAUUAAAAAAGUGAAAGAGACUUAAAGCAGUGAUUCAGAAUCACACAUCUUGGUGGUAUUUUAUUUGGAUUUUCCUAUCCGAAGUUGUUUUGGCCUACCUAGGAAAAUAGAUCCUUACACAUGGAAGCACACAAGAUCCUGUGUGUGCUCUUCUUCUCCAUUAUUCUCAUUAGCCAGCCUAAGCAAUGGUAACAGAUGUUCCUCUAAAAGAUCAGAUGCGAGGGUUAAUGUCAACUAUAAAUAAAUGCUUCUGUUAUUGAAAGAACUCAGCGUUGACCUAGACCAGAAGCUGAGAAUGGCACUACACUUGUGCAAGCCCUGGCUGCAUAAGUGGUUGUCCCUUUGCAAAGCUUGUUCAAGGAGGCAUCUGAUAUCUCCUUGCACAAGUUGUUGGGGGCUUUUUUGUUUGUUUUUUGUCCUCUUACAUGGUGAUUAGACAUAGCUCUAUUACCACCACCCAAAUUAAACCAAAACAGCUACUUAUUGGCCCUUAAGGGAUGGGUAGGGAAGAAGCUUCCAGUAGAGCUGCCUUCACAGCUGGGUGCCUCCAUCCUCCCCAUCCUAACCCCUGCACAAGCCCAAAGAUCCACCAUAAAUAUGAUGGCAAGACUCUUCACCCUCCUUGCAUUAUUUUGGAUCUUUGAUUCAAGCAUGAGAUGGUAGCAUUCUUGACUGCCACUUUGGAUUGCAAACAGGGGAGUCCUGUUUUUGAAUGCUCCACCUUUGCAAAACUAGCCCUUCAAAAACACUCCUUCAGUUGUUAAACACUUGCUCUUGGAUACAUUAGAUACACAAAGGUAAUCUUCUAUGCAGGAAAACAUUGAAAAUAUGGCUUUCUGCCACCAUCUUUAAUGUCAGGGACAUUACUGACAUUCUGGAUAAUGUAUAUAAAACUGUUCUCAGCAAUCAGAUACAGCAGGUAUAGGAAAUGUGCGGCUUUCCAGAUGUUUUUGGACUUUAACUCCCACCAGUGCUAACCAGCACAGCCAAUGCUGAGGGGGAAUGGGAACUGCAAUCUGGCAACAUCUAGAAGGUCACACAUCUGCCAUCCUGGACAUUUAGUGUUGCAUUUCCUUACACAAUUCUGCUCUUUUGCUAUUUCUUUGAAUCAACUGCCAGGGCAGGACCCAGCUCUACCCUCCAGUUCUUUAGACUAAAUCCACCAUUAGUCAAAACUAGAACAGAUCCAUUGAAAAGAGUUGGAAUUAUCAGUCUCAACCCGAGAGGACCUCUUGAAAUGAAUGGGACUUUCAUUCAAUGCAUAUGUAAUGCAAAUUCCAUUGAAUUCAAUAGAGCUAAUUUAGAGGGAAACUCAUUGGAUUUAGCUUUUUGCCUUUAAAAAUAAUCCCAUGGUUGCCCUUAGCAGGUUCUGUGGCCCUGCAAUUCCAUUUUCAACAAAAAUAUGUUUUUAAAAGCAUUUCUAAAGGUACAGACAGUUUAUCUAUGGUAGCAUUUUAAGAUGUUUCCUGUUACCAGAGUUUUAUGAUAUAUAUACAUACAUAUACAUUAUAGAUAUAUAUAUAUAGAUAUAUAUUUGGCCUAAGAUUCCUCAUCAUGAUCUCAGAACCUGUUGUUUUAUGCUAGUGAUGGGGAACCUCUGGUCCAAGGUUGGCCAAAAGUCAACACUAUGGCUUAAUGUUUUUGAAACGCAGUGGUAUCCUUCAGUGAAAUGUGUUGUGUAAGUUGCCGGUGGUGGCUUGGCUCUCCAAUUGUAAAUGUCUGUUCUUGAUGCGGGUGCUAUGCAAGCAGUAGGUGAAACAAUGUAUGGCAUACAAUCAACUGGCAAACCAUUCCACCCAACACAUGCCCACCGCCCACCCCAUCUAUACAAGCAAAUUAGUACUGCCAGUAUGGCCUAAUUUACAUGCCAUUUUACUUGUGUGGUCCCAGUUUCCUUGAGCACUCUCAUGCUAUUCCAGGUGAUGUCUGUUUCUUCUCCCACAUAAUCCAGCUGAGUUAUGCACUUAUCAGCCAAACCAAUGGUACGUAUCUUAUUAAGGGAUGUGCUGCCAACAUGGAAGGCAACCAUGGAAUCCAACCUAACCAUAGGACUGGAUAGGGAUGGGGAACUUUCUUGGCCCAACGUUCAUUCCCCCCCCCCCCCAAAUCUGAAGUUCUUUCCAAUUCAAGAUACAGAAGUGUAUGUUAAGUUUUAAUGAAUUCUUCAGAAAACAAAAUGGAGUAGAAUUCUCCAUCUACACUGGCUAAAUUCCAUUGGUACCAUGAUUACCAAAACAGGGCAAUAUUGUAUUUGCCUGCUUUGCUGCUAAUUGAAGAUAUGGUCUCCAAGCAAAUGAAGAGGUGACAACCCUAAUAUGACUGAACACCACCCAUUUUAAGUGUUAAAAUACUCAAAGUCCUGGGCCAGGAGAGCCAAACUGUUCAGUUUUUUCUCC